AUGCGUGAAGUUGAAGGUAGGGAAACAGAGGAUUCGUCUUCGGAGUUGUCGAUCCGCCAUAUCGACCCGUAUAAGGCUUGUCCUUUUCAGAGCGAUGUAAAUGAUGACGCUAAUGUUCCCAUGGAAGCCUACGAGUACGUUGAUGAUAUAUGCGCCUUUUACAAAUUGAAAGAGAAAUCUAUGUGCAUAAAACCAAAUUUAAUUGCUAGACUGAAGCACGGCUUUGGUAAGAAGUCGAGAGCAUUUUUUGUGGAGUGGUUGAUUGAGGCACGCGAGGUGUUCGAGUUCCCAACUGAGGCGAUGUAUCUUGCCAUCCAUCUUUUCGAUCGAUUUUUGGCUCUUUCAUCCAGUGGAAAAGAAGAGAGGGAUUUUGGUUGGAGUGACCGCCCUACAAUUGGCUGCCAAAUAUGCUGGAAUAAGAGAGUCCAUUCCUUGUGUCCAUUCGUUUUCCUGCUUGGCGCUUACUUCAUGCCCUUCGUGCUCCGGAGAGCAAAUUCUAGAAAUGGAGUACUUGAUGUUGCAGACCUUAGGUAUGAAACAUGCACAUUUCGACCUUCGAUAUUAACCGCCGCUGCAAUUUACACCGCCCAUGCCACUGUUAGAAGGUGUAAGCCAUGUAGUAAAAUCUAUGAGCAGUUAACCGGUUGUAAUGUCGGGCAAAUCUGGAAAUGCUCGAGAUUGAUGGUGACUUCCCAUAUAAAAGCGAGGAGUGUCAAAAGUGUUUACAAGAAGUACAACACGAGGAGAUACAACUGGGUAGCUAAAGCCAUUUUCUCUUGA